AUGCCUAGGACUGUCGACUGUCGAUGCUGCCAAACUGCUCUCCCACCACGCACGUGCAUGCUCCCCGAAUACACCGUGCAAGUGCAAGAAGCCAAGAUCCCACGACUGGUCCACGCAUGUGCGCGACUGCAGACACGCUUGACAGACAUGGCUGCCAUCGACUCCACACCGCGGGCCGUUGAUCUCGUCCGGUCCGCCUCUCAGAGCUCGACCAUAUCCAACCCACCCAGGAACCGCAGUUUGCAGCCCUCGCCGGAUACGGUCAAGGCAAUGCCGCCACCGGAUCUCCCCAAGAGCCCUACUCCAGCCUCGACAGUGCGAAAGGUCACCAAGUCGACCCAGCAGAUUGUGGGCAGUCUGGUAGCAGCCACGACCACUGCAGACCGGUCCGCCCUUUUCGACGACACCCCAGCCGAAUCCGCAAACGUGCCUGGCAACCUGCAUUUCGCCAGCGACGAGAACGUUCAGGAUGCAUUGCGACAGACGGGUGCUGUGGCACUGGUGAAGCAGCUCGCGGGCGAUCUGGCGCAGCGCGAUGCUCAGAUUACAGCCCUGCGGAGACGGGCCGAGGAGCGGGAGCGGAUGCUGAGGAAGAUGCUCCAAGAGUGCGAAGUCUCCAACAUGGACAUUGAGAACAGGCUGCGCGAACUGGAGAAGAGCAAAGAGCAGGACAAUGGCCUGACAAAGACACGAACCCGGGGCGAUAGUGGGCCCACUGGACUGCACCCGGACGACCCCAUGGAAGACCGGCUCGCGAGGGCCAUGGAAGACGAGCUCGCUGAGCAUCCGGAUGCGCUGGGCAUUGACACGGGCGGUGCGACACCAUUGGCAGAUGUCAUGUCCAUUGACUCUGUCGCGUCCGACGCUCGCGAUACCACAAAGUCAAACUGGAAGAGCUAUAUUUGGACAGGGACGAGCAGGAAGAGCAGCAGAGCACCGUCUGUAGCAAGUCUGGUUGACAGGGAGGCAGAGACUCUAGCAGGGCAUGGCCGGUCGCGUGCAUCUAGCGGAGCGAAACCAGCCCGAAAAGCCCUCGCAAACGAUACCUUUAUACCCCCCGCUGGCGCCAUACCCGCAUUGCGCAGACUCAAUAGUCAAGACGCUUCAGAGACAUCGCCGCGUAGAUCGUCGUCGGUAUCGCUGGCAAGCUGGGCGUUGAAAAUGGUGGCGGGCAACAACCUGAGUCCCAGCAAAUCCAGCAGCAUGCGAGGCCGUCCAUCUCUCGCAUCCGAUGCUGUCGAUCGUGCCCCUUCUGUGGACUCGACCAAGACUGCAAAGUCCGCAAAGUCAUCUUUAGCCAGCACGCAAAGGCGAGGACGAGCCCUGGGUCCGAACGGGACUAUCAAGAGCAUCUCGAUAGAACAGUCCAAAAGCCCGUCUGGCAGUGUUGGUCCAGCUCCACCAACUCGUGGAAUGAGCAACCUUGGCCCUGUUGAGAUGGAUCGUAUCUUGCCUGAAGACUCGCGCCCCCCAACGCUAGUACAGCAGCACAAUCGCUUCGUCGGGAGCAGUGAGUACUUGACCGAUAGAUUCGGCUUCAUUUACGACCAGCGCCGAAAGAAGAGGCAGAGUGAGGCUGCGGCGGAGUUGAUGAAGCAGAAGCGAAGCAGCAAUGUGGAAUCACUAGUCGAUGGCAGGACUGUACUUAACAGCCUCGCAAACGACGAGGACCCCAACGAGGCCAGUCCGGCCGCUGCUGACCAGAAUGACGGUACCACACGUCCGUCCAGCUCAGACUCGGACAAUCAAGCCACCCAGCCAACAAGUAAGACAUGGGCUGAUUAUUUGAAACUCGCCACCCAUCCGACUGAACUGCUUUCACAUACUCCAUCUGCUGCCCCCAUUACAACGGUCGAAACUGCUGAAGGCGAGACGUCUACUUUCAAAAUUGGCCAGAACCAGAUCACCUUGAUGAAGCGAGGAUCUGUGCCAACUACCAGCAUCACCUCUGAACCAUCACCAUCUCGCACCGUUUCGGGUAAUUCGGACAUUUCUCCCGCCAUGGUCUCGCCAGGGCCUGCCACACCUAUCAGCCAAUAUCCACCUUCUAUUGAUCCAGUGCAGUCUCUGCUUGAACAAAUGAGUGAGCUGCAUGAUAACCUCCAAAAAGAGAGGACCAUCAAAUGGAAUGACUUUCUACGUAAAGUACGUGCUCAGAACAAGCGCGAAGGGGAAGUUGCCAGUAUCGCUGAGAAUGGCAAGGGUAAUGCCAUGCCAGAAACCUUCCUUGCGGAUGGUGAAUUGGUAGGCAUUGCAGGCUUGGGCAAUAAGGGUAAGAUUGGGCGUGCAAAAUGGCAGGAAUUUCGACGCCUUGUGCUUGGUGGCAUUCCAGUGAAUAUGCGAGCCGCGAUUUGGGCUGAAGGAAGUGGAGCGUUGCAUUUGCGCACUCCGGGCUAUUAUGAGGAUUUGGUCAAGAAUGGUGAAGACGACCCCACAAUCGCAACCCAGAUCCAGAUGGACAUUACUCGCACACUCACUGACAACAUCUUCUUCCGCACCGGCCCCGGCGUACAAAAGCUUCAGGAGGUACUGCUCGCCUACUCUCGCCGUAACCCAGAGGUUGGAUACUGCCAGGGCAUGAACCUGAUCGCCGCCUGCUUGCUACUUAUCAUGCCCACACCCGAAGACGCAUUCUGGGUACUCACCGCCAUGGUCGAAGAGAUCCUACCCCAGCACUACUACGAUCAGCACCUCCUCACCUCGCGCGCCGACCAAACCGUCCUCCGCUCUUACGUCAGCGAGAUCCUCCCCCGCCUCUCAGCCCACCUCGACGAGCUAGAAAUCGAGCUCGAAGCUCUAACCUUUCAAUGGUUCCUCUCCGUCUUCACCGACUGCCUCUCAGCCGAAGCCCUCUUCCGUGUCUGGGACGUUGUCCUCUGCAUGCACGACGGCUCCACUUUCUUGUUUCAAAUCGCUCUCGCCCUACUCAAGUUGAACGAAAAAGCGCUGCUUCAAUGUGACACACCAGCUGGCGUAUACCACUACAUCAACCACCAAAUGACCAACCAUGCCAUCAGCAUCGACGGCCUCAUCCAAGCCUCCGACGCCCUCGGCCGCGUCAUCAAACGCAAAGACGUAGAAGACCGUCGCGCAAAAGCCGUCGCCCACGAGGAAGAACUCAUGCGCCAACGCGAGGAAGCCCGUCAAGAACGCGCCCAGAAACGGGCAAGCAAAAUCUCAACCGACGACGACGUGCCUGUAACUGCUAUUCCCAUCCCUGCGACUGAGCCAGAAGCCGAAAGCAUAAAGUCCCUCUCUGCUAGCCUCGACGCAGAGUUGUCAAUGCAGACUGGUCCCAUGCGUACGCCGCUUAGUAGCGCGAGUAAGCGCGAGGAAGAAGAGGAAGAAGCUGAGAGUUUGAAUCGCAGUCUCGAGGUUAUGAAUAGGACACCUAUGCCUAUGGAUGAGGAGUUUACGUGGCGUGCUUGA